AUGGGUUGUAUCCCAAGCAAGAAAAAAACGAUCCCAGAAACAACAUCCUAUGUAAAUAAAGUUGAAGAUCUAAGAGUGUUGCCAAGCACAUUUGUGCAGAUCAACCAAAGAUCUUUCUUAAAAGUUUACAAACUAGGCCGCUCUCUCGGUUCAGGAGCUUUUGGAGAAGUCAGAUUUUGCACCCACAAAAAGACAGGUGCAAGAAGAGCUGUAAAAAUUUUUAAAAAAGAUAUUUUUACAAGUGAAGCUGACAAAGAAAAAUUGGUCAAAGAAAUCGAAAUCUUGAGAAUUCUAGAUCACCCAAGCAUCGUCAGGGCUUAUGAGUUUUUUGAAGACACUACAGAUUUCUAUAUUGUAAUGGAGCACUGCAGAGGUGGGGAGCUAUUUGAAGAAAUCAUGAAAAAAAAGCAUUUCAAAGAGGAAGAAACCGCAAGUAUAAUGAAGCAAAUUUUUUCGUGCUUAGCUUAUAUUCAUUCAAAGCAUAUAAUUCACCGUGAUUUGAAGCCAGAAAAUAUUUUGCUGGACGAUCAUGCGGAUUUUUUGAAUAUAAAGCUAAUUGAUUUUGGCACUGCAACUAAAUUCACCCCAGGAAGCAAAAUUAAAGGGUCUUUAGGAACAGCCUAUUACAUCGCUCCAGAAGUUCUGAUAGGUCCUUACUCAGAAAAAUGUGACAUGUGAAGUGCUGGAGUUAUAACUUAUAUCUUGCUAGCAGGCUACCCUCCAUUUGAAGGGACAAAUGAUGAAGAAAUCAUCCAAAAAGUCAAGGCAGGAAUUUUUACCUUUAAAGGCUCAGCUUGGAAUAAAGUCACUGAAUUUGCAAAGGACUUAAUUAGGCAUCUUCUUGUCCCUGAAAAAGACAGAUACAGCGCAGCUGAAGCACUUAACCAUCCUUGGAUACGAGAUAUCAACAUAAAUAAUAUAGACAACACCAAGCUUCAGUCAACCUUGCAAAAUCUGUCUCUAUACACCUCUAACAACAAGCUGAGAGACGCAGUGAACACUUAUAUAGUGACUCAGCUUACUAAUAAUAAUGACACCAAAGAAGCUAGAGACAUUUUUAGAGCUUUAGACGAAAAUGGGGACGGAAAACUAAGCAGAGAAGAGCUGAUUAAAGGAUAUGUAAGACCUGGAGGAAUCACAGAACAAGACGUAGACCGAAUUAUGCGAGAAGUAGAUACAGACCUAAACGGGUAUAUUGACUAUACGGAAUUCCUGAAAGCUGCUAUAGAUCAGCAAAAAUUGGCGUCUCAAGCCAAUUUGAAAAUUACGUUUGAAAUGUUUGAUAGAGACGGAAGUGGGAAAAUUUCAGCACAAGAGCUGAAAGAAAUGCUGCAGGGGGAGAAUGCAACUAAUAGUGAGGUCUGGAAUGAACUUAUAAAGACUGUCGAUCAGAAUGGAGAUGGAGAAAUCGACCUCAAAGAAUUUGAGGAUAUUAUAAUAAGUAAAUUUUAA